CUACAAGGGAAAACCCGGCUGCAGUGUCAGUUUGACCAGAGUGACAGAGUAGUACAUGAGGCAGAGAAAAACGGAGCAUUAGAACAAUACAGAGUGCACUGAGUGAUAAUUAGUUACACACUGACGGGAGUGGCACAAGCGGAAAGUGACGGAUGACCCCAGGUCUACUUCUGCUCUGUUCUGAAAGUUAGAGAACGCCUCUCGUUUUCUUUCUGCUUCUCCUUCUCUGGGGUUGGUGUCGCUCAACUUCAUGGCGUACGCUGCAUACUGGAUUCACAGUUCUCAGCCUAAACAGCCCACUUCCACCCCAUCCGUGCCGGCUUCCACAGUGAAACCUGCACAAUAUGAGAAAGAGGCUACAUCAUCAGUCUCUGCCGGUGUGGCUGCAAAGCCCGCAACCACCACAGCCUCUGCAGUCAAAACUACUGCCAGUACCCAUUCUACAUCCACUGAAUCUACUAAAGCUGCCAGCUCAGUGACCAAUGUAGGAGCUUCUACAGGAGCUAAAGUUAGUGGAGGAGUAACCACCACAACUGGAGCUUCUAAAGCAACCACCACUGCAGGAUCUUCUAAAGUGACAACACAGAGCACCACAGUUUCAUCGUCCAAGCCGGAACCAUCUAAGGUGACCUCUACAGUAACAAAGCCCACGGCUACCACUGUUGUUUCUGCAUCCACUGGCCAAAAGGUGAAGUCAGAGGUUUCUGCCAAGGCCAGCACUACGGCGCCUGAUGUAGAUCCUUUUGACACCUUGGCUGGCACUUUGCCAUCUGCAAACCCUCCAAAAAGUCCUCAGUUCACUGGGCCUGAAGUUACAGAGCCAAACCUAACCUCAGUAGUGGCACCACGUUGUGGAGACAGAGAUGACACGCUUCCACCUGGAUACAGGCUGAAAGACAUGGAAAAGAAGAUGCCUGCUGCACAACCUGAGAAGCCUAAGGAAGUUUCCAAGCCCCUAACAUUGGAUGAAGCUGUGGAUUCACUCUCUGCUGGAUUUGUAUCAUCAUCCAAACCAGAAAUAAAACAUGAAACUGUGGCUGCUGUUCAAACCCAGAAAAGCCAUGCCCCUGCUCCUCCAUCUCAGAAAAAACAAGAUGUUUCAGUACCUGCAAGUCUUUCUCCUGCUCCUCCUGCUGACAAGAAACCAAAGAUAGAGAAGCCCACAACUGCAGCCGCUCAGGAUGUCAAACCCAAGAGUGAGGAAAAAAAGGUUUCUGUGGAUAAGCCACAGCAAGUCCCCAAGGCGGACUCCAUGUCUCUGGAUGCUCUCGAUGCCCUAGGUGACAUGUUACCUGAAGCGAAACCAGUUCCCGAGUCCCCAAAACUGAGACCAGACCAAAUUGUUGAUGAGAAGAAGCUGGUGUCAGAGAAAGGUGUGCGUGUGGGUGAGAGAGACGACACACUGCCACCGGAGUACAGGUUCAAGGAGGACAAGGACAAGAAGCCGGCUCCUCCACCAAAACAGCCCUCAAUGGACACCACCCAAGCUCUGGAUCUUCUGUCUGGUGAUUUCACUGAUGCCACUGUAGCUCCUGCUGUCCACACCCCUGUUCCUCCUAAAGCCCAAGCUAAGAAGCCCCAAUUAGAGGAUCUUUCAGCCCUUGAUGCUUUGGAAGGGGAUUUUGUGGCUCCUACUCAAGCCAAAAAGGUCUCUUCUGGAGUACUUCCUGUCCCAACACCAGCCACUAAAAGCACUACAUCCCCCUCUAACCAGGCAGACUCAGGCAUGUCUCUGGAGGCCCUCGAUGCCCUCGGAGAAACACUUCCUGAAGCAAAACCAGUUCCCGAAUCCCCAAAACUUAGACCUGAUCAAAUUGUUAAAGAGGCUAAUCUAACCUCGGAGAAAGGUGUACGUGUGGGUGAAAGAGACGACACACUCCCUCCGGAUUACAGAUUCCCGAAGGACGACAAGAAAACACAGCCUCCACCCCCAAAGAAAGAGCCCUCACUGGACCCUGCUGAUGCUCUGGAUAUUCUUUCCGGAGAUUUCUCCUGCUCAGCAGCAGCAGCACCUGUAGUCCAGACCUCUGUUUCUAAAUCGACUCCUCGAACAGAUAGCUCAGCAGACUUUGCUCUCGAGGAACUUGCUGGUGAUUUUGUGGCUCCUACUAGUGCAUCCAAAGUCUGUUCUUCUGCUGCUUCUGCUCCCACUUCAACUGACAAACAGCCUGACUCAGGCAUGUCUCUGGAGGCCCUUGACGCUCUUGGAGAAACACUUCCCGAAGCAAAACAGGUUCCCGAGUCCCCAAAACUCAGACCUGAUCAAAUUGUCAAAGAGGCUAAUGUAACCUCGGAGAAAGGUGUAUUUGUGGGUGAGAGAGACGACACACUUCCUCCGGAUUACAGAUUCCCGAAGGACGACAACAAAACACAGCCUCCACCCCCAAAGAAAGAGCCCUCACUGGACCCUGCUGAUGCUCUGGAUAUUCUUUCCGGAGAUUUCUCCUGCUCGGUGGCGGCACCAGUAGUCCAAACUCCUGCUCAGAGCUCAGCAGAUUUUGAUCUCGAAGAACUUGCGGGUGAUUUUGUGGCUCCCAAGACUGCAUCUAAAGUCUGUUCUGCUGCUUCUGCUCCUGCUGUGGACAGACAGCUGUCAGAAGGCACCGCAUCGGCAAUGGACGCGCUCUCAGAUACUCUGAAGGACAUCAGUCCAGCGCCUGAACCCGCACCAGUACCUCUUAAAGAUAUCGUUAAGGAGAAGAAGGUGGUGGAGGAGAGGGUGCAUAAGACUGGUGAGAGGGACGACUCAUUACCCCCUGAGUAUCGACCCACAGAGGCAGAUAUCAAGGCUGCAGCAGAAGCCAAAGCCAAAGCAGCAUCUGCAGCUAAGCAGAACUCACUGGAUGACGCCCAAGCCCUUGACCUUCUGUCCGGUGACUUUGUUUCCGGUCCCGUGACUCCACCCACCGUUCAGUGUCAGGCUUCUCCUGUAAAGACAUCCUCCAGCCAGAAGGAGUCAGGUCCAGUUUUGGAUAAAUUGGCAGCCACACUGCUCCCAGAAGAUUUCCCUCACACCAAACCAAGUGACAGCAAACCAAAGGGUAAAGGUGGAAAGUCAAAAAAAUCUGCAUCAAAGAAACCCGCAGCAGCAGCAGCAGCAGCAGCAGCAGUCCCGGAAACCCUCCCAGGCAAGCCGAGCAGAGACGUAGUGUCCUCAUCCCCUGCAAAGAAAGGCGGGAAGAGCUAGAUCUCACCUACUAGCCGCAAGAUGAUGCGAUGACGAGAUGGUGAUCCCAGAAGCUGCUGGAACGAACGCGUACAUAUUGUGUGUGGAAGAAAGGUGUACAGAUGUCUAACUGCGAAAUAAAAACACAAAAAAGCUAAAAAAAAAAAACACCAGCACAAAUUGUUCCAUGUGUAAAUAUUCGAGCACUGAUCUGGGAUCAGCGCACGCAUUGUUAUUAGAAAAGCAAAAAAAAAAAAAGCAAAAAAAAAAAACGGCCCCCACAUCGACCUGAACACCCAAGUGAAUGUGUGAUGAUUGGAUUUGAAGCAUAAAUAAAGAAUAAAGAAGGGCAAUUAUUUUCCAUUGGGAAUGUCGGAAGGAUGCUGAUGUGCCUUAGUUGAUGAGGAAUGGUGUAAUGCAUGAAUUUCUUUUUUUAUUGUUAUUAUUUGGGGAAUUUCUUUUUUUUUUUUAGUAAUAAGUGUUAUAUUGCCACUUACUUAUAGACACUAGUGUACAGCAUUUUCACUUUGGUUUACUUAAUUUAGUUUACAGUAUAGAGUCAUGCUAAAGGAGUGUAGAGUGGACGGAUGGAUGGAUGGAUGGACAAUGAUGCUUGUUGUACGUCUAGGAUUAUAUUAUUUGGAAUGAUAUUUGUGCAAAAGGGCUUUUCAAUGUAUGUGUCUUUGACUGGGCUGUCUGAUUUAGUUUUUUAUGUGUGUGUUUUUUUUUAAUGAACUGCUCAGCUAAUACCCGGCCCUGUAAGGUUUCAAAGAGCUUACUAGCAAGGCUUACACGACAAAUGAACUUCCUUUAAGCAACCGGUUGGAGCUGAUAUGUGGUUAGUGCAUUUGAUUCAUAUGUAACACCUGAACUAGUCCUGUAUGCACACUAUUUUCUUGUUAUUUACAGCUUGAGUAGGAUGUGGCAGACCAAGUAUGAGUUUUUCGUUUCGUUUCUUCAUCAGAACUAACACCACUUGGUUUGACAGCUUUCCAUUUACGUUGUCCAUUAGACUAUUUUUUUCAUCAAAAAAAAAUCCCGAAACCCCUAAACGUCUGGAUCAGGCUUCCAUGAGCAUGCUUUAAUUAUAAUUUUUUCGUUGUUGUCUUUCACUUUGUCUUCCUGUCAUGGUGAUAUCACUUCAAUACUGUGCCUUUCUGCUGAAGUGCAAUCUUAUUUUAACCCAGGGACUGAGAUAUGGAGGAGGGUUUUUUCUGGUUAAAAAAUAAUAAAGAUUGUAAAAAAAAAAAUAAAAAUUUUGAUUUCUGA